AUGCGCACUGAGAACAUGUGAAUAUAUUGUAACAGUGGCAGAUACAAAAUUGUCACAUCUAGCGGGUUGUGAGCAGGUUGUGAGAGGUGACGGCACUGUUGGCAACGGCAAGGGAUCUUUUGGCUCGUAUGGAGUCGAUUUUGAAUUGCAAAUCGGAAGAUUUGGAAGAUUAUUACGGACUACUUGGGUGCGAUGAGCUGUCAUCGAGAGAACAGAUACAGAAUGAAUUUAAAAUAAGAGCUUUGGCUUGCCAUCCUGACAAGCAUCCAGAAAACCCCAAAGCAGUGGAGGAAUUUCAAAGGUUACAGGAAGCUAAAGAGGUUUUGACCAAUGAAGAGAGCAGAAAGAAUUAUGAUCUUUGGUUGAGGAGCCAGUUAACGGUGCCUUUCCGAGACUGGCGAGCCCUCAGCCAGUCUGUGAAAACUUCAAUGCACUGGGCUGUAAGAGCAAAGAAGGAGCCUAUGUUGGAGGACUCCCAGGAGUCAUCGGCAGCACCAGUGCCUGAGGAGAAGGCCUCCUUCUCCAAACAGCAGCCGACUGAGGAGCGGUCCUCAGAGGCGCCUCUGUCCUCCAGUGACUACUGCCAUCAAAGAUUCCGCUGGUCAGCUGAUGCUCCAUCAGAUAUCUUACAGAAAUUCAGGAAUUAUGAAAUAUAGCUGUUGUACCUCAUGUAUUAUGUCCAUUCUACUAUAGUAUGUGGAUUAUGUUUUAGUAGAUGUAGCAGAUUAUUUGAGGAUUUGCCAGUUGUAACGUUGCAAUUGAUUUACUGUCUACAGUGUGUUCAAUAUUGAACUUGAGCCUUGUCAGUAUAGUGAGAACUCUUUCCUCAUUACCCUCUGUGAAGAACAUUCCAUAGAACUAUUACUAGCUAUAGCUUUGAAAACGCAUGAUUAUAUAAAACACUUCUUGUAUUUUUGUAAAGGGAACACAGCGCUUUCAUUUUGUUUUGCCCAGAGUUGUCUUUUUUUGUAUGUGUGUCAGUGAGUCAGGAUAGAAGCGUCACAGGUGUAGCAAUGAGGAGAGGAAUGAUUAACAUAUCCAUGGACAUUGGGAGGAAAUGAGAGGAAGACAAGAGGCUUUUGCUGACAUAAAUAGACCUAAGGAGUAUUCACUAAUGCACAUUUUGUGACUUCACAUGGUAACACAAUGGUUACAGAAAUGUAUCACAAACAAUCAGCAGAUAGCUGUGUAUUCCCUCUAAUAACUCACCAAACUCUCUCAUUCUAUUUUCUGCAUUUUUGGUACAUUGAUGCUUUUUUCUAUGUGGCUACUGUUGAAACAUACAUAAAUAAACAUUU